AUGCGACGGUCUACGUCGGGGGGUUGGAUGAGAAGGUCAGCGAGCCGCUGCUCUGGGAGCUCUUUCUCCAGGCGGGACCGGUGGUCAAUACCCACAUGCCCAAGGAUCGAGUCACAGGCCAGCACCAAGGCUAUGGGUUUGUGGAGUUCCUCAGCGAGGAGGACGCGGAUUAUGCCAUUAAGAUCAUGAACAUGAUCAAGUUGUAUGGGAAACCGAUCCGAGUGAACAAAGCCUCGGCCCACAACAAAAACUUGGACGUAGGAGCCAACAUCUUCAUCGGCAACCUGGAUCCCGAAAUCGAUGAAAAGCUGUUGUACGACACUUUCAGCGCCUUUGGGGUCAUCCUGCAGACGCCCAAGAUCAUGCGAGACCCCGACACGGGCAACUCGAAGGGUUACGCCUUCAUCAACUUUGCCAGCUUCGAUGCCUCGGAUGCUGCCAUCGAGGCCAUGAACGGACAGUACCUCUGCAACAGGCCCAUCACCGUUUCCUACGCCUUCAAAAAAGAUUCCAAAGGCGAACGGCACGGCUCAGCCGCCGAGCGUCUCCUGGCAGCCCAGAACCCGCUCUCGCAGGCAGAUCGGCCCCAUCAGCUCUUCGCCGACGCUCCUCCUCCUCCGUCUGUCCCGACUCCUGUUGUCACCUCCCUGGGACCUGGCGUCACCCCUCCAG